AGAGUCUCCUAUUGUGGACUACUCCUGGGCAAUUGGAACUACUAGAGGUGGAACCCAGCUGCAAGGGUUUGUGCCCCUCGGAAUUCAGGAGAGUGCUCGGAACAGCAAUUUGUUCUUACAACACGGUUCCUACGUAUACGUCACUGUGGUGGCCACCAAUGCUGCAGGACUGUCGGCAGUGCUUUACUCCGACCCAGCGCUGGUGGACCUGACUCCACCGGUCAUAGGAACGGUUCUGGACGGGUCUGAGCAGGAUUCAGUCGACCUUGAGUACCAGAACAGUGACGUCAUCUGUGCCCGCUGGCCUGAUGUCGCCGACGACGAGAGCGGCAUCAACUACUGUGAAUGGGCUUUAGGUACAUCCUCACACCUGGCCAACCUGAUGAGGUUCACCACAAGCUACAUCGCGGAAGACGGAAAGUCAGCCUGUAUUGACUCGUCUGGGUUCAUCGCACAUGGAGCCAAGGUCUACGUCAUCGUGCGUUGUCAUAACAACGCCGGACAGUCUGCCACAGCCAGCUCAGACGGAGUGGUCCUGACCUCUGUGCCCCCUAGUAUUGAGCACGCCUAUGUCACGGUUGUGAUCGAGCCCGUGACUCAGUACGCACCCAGGAACCACUACCAGUACUCCCCGGACAAACUGCACAUCGCCUGGGGAGGGUUUGUGGACCCGUCCGGUAUCCAAUACUACGAGUACAUGGUCGAGGGUCCAGACUUCACCUCAGCAUGGCAGGAGGUGUCCUGGACAGGAGAGCACACGGCGACCCUAACUGACCUGCAGCUCGUUCCCGGGGCCACCUACAUCGUCAGUGUCCGGUCUGUGAACUUCCUGGGGAUGCAGAGUGACUCUGUCUCCACGGAGGUCAACAUCGCACUGCAGGGGAGGCCUUCUGCCAACCGUCACCUGCAACUAUCGUGGGAAGAGCAAGGCAAGAUGCUGAUCAACUGGGAGGGUGCCUUCGGCUCCUUGAAUGCUGAUCUGUACUACGAAGUGUCAGUGGGUCUGGUUGAAGGUGGCAGUAAGGCUGGUCUCUGGUAUGAGACAAAGCAGACCAACAUGACUGUGUCCAGUCUGGAUCAGACAAAGGAGUACCACAUCACUGUCAAUGCCAUAGAUAGCGCUGGCAUGUACAUCACUAUAAAGGGCCACGUGUAAGGAUGAGGCGACAAUGCAGUCUUAGUCACUAGUGCAACCUAAGACUUUAGGAAAACAUUAACCAGAGUGUGCUAUGUUUUUCUUAGCAUUGUGCAUCAGUCCUUAUACUCAUUUGUGAUACAUGCAAGGACUUGCCUUCUUAGCUACACAUCGUUUUAACCUUACUCAUUUGCUUGGAGAUUAUGUAUUGUAACAAAAUCGUUGUAAAAUUUAGGUAGCAUGAAAACAAUGCGAUGUUCCAAGCUUCUAAAAUGGAAUUUUUGGCCCAACUUCGUAACGCUAUAAGUGGCGCUCUAGUAUUUUUUAAUUCAAAUUGUCACCAAAUAUAGAUCAUUAAAAUAUCUAUUGAGUUCAUGGGGUCUUG